CUGUCGCUCACAGGGCGUCACUUCGCUCUGUCUGGAUACAUCUGUCUCUCGAGCAGGGCUGCUGGAGCCUGGGCGCACCUCGUCGUGACAUAUCGGUUGUAGGAUAUCGCUGUGGUGGAGGAAUCCGGGAAUCGCGGCGGGGCCCGUGGCUCGCGAUCCAACGCUCUAUCGGGUCGUUUCGCAUUGUCGCGACAUAUCGCUGCCAUGGGCUGCACCGUGAGCGCCGAGGACAAAGCGGCAGCCGAGAGGUCGAAAAUUAUCGAUAAAAACCUGAGGGAAGAUGGCGAGAAAGCUGCGAGGGAGGUUAAACUGCUCCUACUGGGUGCGGGGGAGUCUGGAAAGAGUACCAUCGUCAAACAGAUGAAGAUCAUACAUGAGGACGGGUAUUCAGAAGAGGAGUGCCGGCAGUACCGCGCCGUGGUAUACAGCAACACCAUUCAGUCCAUCAUGGCAAUUAUCAAGGCUAUGGGGAACCUGAAGAUAGAUUUUGGAGAUGCUGCCCGAGCGGAUGACGCCAGACAGCUGUUCGCGCUGUCCUGCACAGCUGAAGAGCAGGGCAUACUGCCGGAUGACUUGGCCGGAGUGAUUAGAAGACUAUGGGCAGACCAAGGAGUGCAGGCCUGUUUUAAUCGAUCCAGGGAGUACCAGCUCAAUGACUCUGCUGCAUAUUAUCUCAAUGAUCUGGAGAGAAUUGCACGGUCAGACUAUGUUCCGACCCAGCAGGACGUUCUUAGGACGCGAGUGAAAACUACAGGCAUCGUCGAGACGCAUUUCACCUUUAAAGAUCUGCAUUUCAAGAUGUUUGAUGUUGGUGGCCAGCGAUCUGAAAGAAAGAAGUGGAUUCACUGCUUCGAGGGUGUGACAGCCAUCAUUUUCUGUGUGGCGCUCAGUGCCUAUGAUCUGGUGCUGGCAGAAGAUGAGGAGAUGAACCGCAUGCAUGAGAGCAUGAAGCUAUUUGACAGCAUCUGCAACAACAAAUGGUUCACAGAGACAUCCAUUAUCCUCUUCCUCAACAAGAAGGACCUGUUUGAGGAGAAGAUCACACACAGCCCCCUCACCAUCUGCUUCCCAGAAUACACAGGUGCUAAUCAGUACGAUGAAGCAGCCAGUUACAUCCAGAGUAAAUUCGAGGACCUGAACAAGAGGCGCGAUACAAAAGAGAUUUACACACAUUUCACGUGUGCGACUGACACAAAGAACGUACAGUUUGUGUUUGACGCAGUGACAGAUGUGAUCAUCAAAAACAACCUUAAGGACUGUGGUUUAUUCUGAGUCCGAGGGUUGUGUGUGUCAAUGCUGUCUGUGGAUUGGGGGAUUUUACCCUUCUGGAUUUUACAGUUUUUAUCCCGAGUUUGUUGCAUUUUGUAAUUAACCCUUCCUCUGCUGGAUUGAAGUCUGCCGAGCAGAGCCAUACACUAUGCAAGGCUGUGCUUCGGAGUCCAUGCUUGGCAGCGAUUGGUUGUAAACUUUUUUUUUUUUUUUUUUAUUAUUAUUUUUUUUUUUUUUUACAAGGGGCCUUCUGCUCUUCAGUUUAACCCUUCUGGCACCUCUAGCCUCACAGCUAGCCUAAAACACUCCUUAGUAGGCUUGGUUAGGGAAAUGUUUUGGAACCUGAACAUGCCGCAGCCUCUCCCAUUCCAUGAUGGCCUUGAAGAUUUGAAUACUGUACAUUUUGAAGCACUAAAGCCAUUGACCCAACAGUGGAGCUAUCUGCGUUUAGGGGUUUAAAAUUAACGUCCUUGGUUACAUGGACAGAUAUGAGCAGGCCAGAAAACUGCAAGCCCAAGCAAAGGUUUAGCCAGUUUCCUGCCAUGGGCAUGGAAUAGGUUAUCUUAAUGGCUGUUACUUGGGCUUUCAGCAUUCCAGUCUGGCACUGAAGAGGUUAAAUAGUUUAUCCAUGUAGUCUCUGCUUGUAAAACACUGUACUGUGUGUUAACUAUUUUUCUAAGAAGGUCCAGUGCACUCACCUGUGGCCUCUUUUAGUGGAGGGGUUAACGUACAUUCCGGCACCACUGCUAUAUUGUAGAGCGUGCACUUCCAGCCAUGAAGGGUUUAACCCCAACACGCAAACUCACAUUCCUUUUUAAGGUGUCAUAACAAAAAAAAAAAAAACAUGGGAAAAAAAUAAAAAUGAGAAACUAGAAUAUUUUAGCUGGGGAGGAAUAACCUCUACUGUUGUGGGGGUGAUUUUAUAUAGGGUGUCUCCCCAGGGAGGAAUCUACCAGUAGCUUUUGUGCCUUCAGCUGUUCUGUGUGUUCUUUUUUUUUUUUUUUUUUUUUUUUUUUUU